AGGGCUACUGUGAGGAACGUUCACACCAGUCAAGAAGCCUGAACUAUUCCACCAUGGACAUAGACGAUGAAGAAAACAUGAGUUCAGGCAGCACUGAUGUUAAAGAGAAUCGCAACAUGGACAACAUUUCAUCUAAAGAUGGGAGUGUACAAGGUACCGGGGAGGGAAAUCAGCUCUCCAAUGGUGGUGGCACUGGCAGCAGGAAAAGACUAUUGGAAGAGGGAAACCUUGGCCACUCCAGGCUCCGCCGGAAGAAGAGGAAGAACAUGCCAGGGCCUGUCCUGCCUAAAAACGCCCUGAUGCAGCUGAAUGAAAUCAAGCCUGGCUUACAGUACAAGCUUCUCUCCCAAACUGGACCAGUUCAUGCCCCAAUAUUUGUGAUGACAGUAGAAGUUAAUGGGCAAGUUUUUGAAGGUUCUGGCCCUACCAAAAAGAAAGCAAAGCUUCAUGCGGCGGAGAGGGCUCUGAGGUCCUUUGUUCAGUUCCCCAAUGCCUCCGAAGCACAUCUAGCGAUGGGGAGAACUCUUUCGCUAAAUACAGACUUCACCUCUGACCAGGCCGAUUUCCCAGAUACACUUUUUAAUGGAUUUGAAAACCCAGCCCAGUCGGAUCAUUCCUUUUGCCUAGAUUCCAACGGCGAUGGUUCCUUCAGCUCCAACGCAGACUACAACCUGUCGUCUGCUGUGGCUAGCAGCAUUAUCCAGUCAUCCCUUCCCACCCCCUCUCCAUAUCCAUCCACCAGCGGGAAGAACCCAGUUAUGAUACUGAACGAACUUCGACCAGGGUUGAAAUAUGAGUUUCUUUCGGAAAGUGGUGAAAGCCACGCUAAGAAUUUCGUGAUGGCCGUUUCGGUGGAUGGCCAAACGUUUGACGGGUCUGGGAGGAACAAAAAACUGGCAAAGGCUCGGGCAGCUCAGUCAGCUCUUGCAUCCUUGUUUAACAUGCAGCUGGAUCAGACCCCAUCCCACCAGCCCAUUCCUAGUGAGGGGCUUCAAUUACACCUGCCGCAGGUUUUAGCUGAUGCUGUUGCACGCUUGGUGGUAGAUAAGUUCAGUGAAUUGACUGAUAAUUUUACAUCACCCCAUGCACGUAGAAAAGUUCUUGCUGGAGUUGUCAUGACGACAGGUACCGAUGUGAAAGAUGCUCAGGUUAUAAGUGUUUCUACAGGAACAAAAUGUAUUAAUGGCGAAUAUAUGAGUGAUCGUGGUCUUGCGUUGAAUGAUUGCCAUGCAGAAAUUAUAGCUCGCAGAUGCCUGCUUAAAUUUCUCUAUAUGCAACUUGAACUGCUUUUGAGCAGUAAGGAAGAUCAACAGAAAUCUAUUUUUAUCCCGUCAGAACGAGGUGGAUUUAAGCUGAAAGAAAAUGUGCAGUUUCAUCUCUAUAUCAGCACCUCUCCUUGUGGUGAUGCUCGAAUUUUCUCACCCCACGAGGCAGCACAAGAAGAUCAGGGAGACAGACAUCCAAACCGGAAAGCAAGAGGACAGCUACGGACGAAAAUCGAAUCUGGGGAAGGAACGAUUCCUGUCCGAUCCACAACUACAAUCCAGACAUGGGAUGGAGUAUUGCAGGGAGAGAGAUUGCUUACGAUGUCAUGUAGUGAUAAGAUAGCUAGGUGGAACGUGCUUGGUAUUCAAGGAGCGUUGCUUAGCCUCAUCGUGGAGCCCAUUUACUUUUCUAGCAUCAUCUUAGGAAGCUUAUACCACGGAGAUCAUCUGUCCAGGGCCGUAUACCAGCGGAUAGCAGAGAUAGAGGACUUACCACCGCUCUACAUUCUUAACAGACCUUUACUCAGUGGUAUCAGCAAUGCUGAAGCCCGUCAACCUGGAAAAGCACCUAAUUUCAGUAUAAACUGGACCGUAGGAGAUGCUGGUCUUGAAGUUAUUAAUGCCACAACAGGCAAAGAUGAGAUGGGCCGGGCAUCCCGUCUCUGCAAGCACGCCCUGUAUAGCCGCUGGAUGUGCAUUCAUGCAAAGCUUUCCUCCAGCCUUCGCUCAAAAGUCAGCAAACCAAACCUAUACUACGAAACCAAGCAGGUAGCUUCGGAAUAUCAGAGCGCCAAAGAGUAUUUGUUCAGAGCGUUUUCAAAGGCUGGCCUUGGGGCCUGGGUGGAGAAACCAAUCGAACAGGAUCAGUUCUCCCUGGCAGUCUGA